AGUCAUUCCCCUCCUCGUGCCUCGUCUACUAUCGCGGAGGGCUGGAAGAGUAAAAAAAAGAAAAACUACCGAGCGAUCGACCAAAACUCGGACUACAAACUUUCUCCUAACGCAGAUACCUCGAUGAAAUGGAGCUGGGAUUAUGUUAUUAAAUGCCGGAGCGCUUGCGAUGGAGUUUUUAUUACUGGAACUGCUGCUUUGUUGUAGUCUGACUGUGAUUCGCGGUUCUCCCCUGUUGCUUUUUGCCAACCGGAGAGAUGUCCGGCUUGUGGAUGCCGAAGUAGCCCGGGCGGAUUCCGCCGUGGUCGUCAGCGAACUCGAGGAUGCGGCCGCAGUGGACUUUCUUUUUUCGGAGGGACUGAUUUUUUGGACGGACGUCAGCGAGGAAGCUAUUAAACAGACCUACUACAAUGUCUCUUCUCCCUUUAUGAAGGAGGCCACGCUGGGCAGAGGGCAGACCGUGGUGGUUUCAGGUCUAGAUUCCCCCGAUGGCUUAGCCUGCGACUGGCUCGGCCGCAAACUCUACUGGACCGACUCCGAGACCAACCGCAUAGAAGUGGCGAACCUGGACGGCACCUCUCGCAAGGUCCUCUUCUGGCAAGAUCUGGACCAGCCCAGGGCCAUAGCACUGAACCCUGCCCAUAGGUACAUGUAUUGGACGGACUGGGGGGAGGAGCCAAGAAUAGAGAAGGCGGGCAUGGAUGGCACCAGUCGACAAAUCAUCGUGCAGAAGGAAAUAUUCUGGCCCAAUGGAUUGACCAUCGACCUCGAAGAGCAGAAACUUUACUGGGCCGAUGCCAAGCUCAGCUUCAUUCACAGGGCCAAUUUGGACGGAACCGGACGGGAGCCUGUCGUUCAGGGAUCUCUCACUCACCCGUUCGCCCUCACGCUGUACAACGAAACGCUGUACUGGACCGACUGGCAGACGCGCUCCAUCCACGCCUGCAACAAACACACUGGAGAGAAGCGGCGAGAAAUUCUUAAUGGGAUUUACGCGCCGAUGGACAUCCAGGUGCUCGGAUCAGAGCGACAGCCCAACAUUCAAACUCCAUGUAGCGAAGGAAACGGAGGCUGUUCCCAUCUGUGUCUCCUCUCUCCCGUGCCGCCCUUCUACAGCUGUGCCUGUCCAACAGGAGUUAAACUGAAAGAGGACGGGAAGACCUGCAGACCAGGUGCUGAACAGGUGCUUCUACUGGCUCGUCGCACAGACCUCCGCCGGAUCUCUUUGGACCUACCUGACUUCACGGAUAUAGUCCUUCAAGUUCGAGACAUCCGCCAUGCAAUCGCCAUUGACUACGACCCAGUGGAGGGCUACGUCUACUGGACAGACGAUGAGGUCAGAGCCAUCCGUCGCUCUCGCAUCGACGGCAGUGACGCUCAGACGCUAAUCACCAACGAAGUCGUCCAUCCCGACGGAAUCGCGGUGGACUGGGUAGCGCGCAAUCUUUACUGGACUGACACGGGCACCGAUCGCAUCGAGGUGACCAGACUCAACGGCACUUUUCGACGUAUACUCAUAUCCGAGGACUUGGAGGAACCACGAGCCAUCGCGUUGGAUCCUGUGAACGGGUACAUGUACUGGACUGACUGGGGGGAGAUACCCAAAAUCGAACGAGCCAACCUCGAUGGUACAGAACGCGUGGUUCUGCUGAAUACCUCACUUGGAUGGCCCAAUGGUUUAGCUAUAGACAGCGCUGCAGGAAAACUCUACUGGGGAGAUGCUAAAACAGACAAGAUUGAGGUAAUAAAUAUCGACGGCACUAAUCGGAUAAUCAUCCUGGAGGACAAACUGCCUCACAUCUUCGGUUUCACUCUGUUGGGAGAGCAUAUCUACUGGACGGACUGGCAGCGGAGAAGCAUCGAAAGAGUUCACAUUGCCAACGGCACCCGUGAGGUCAUCGUUGAACAGCUUCCUGACCUCAUGGGCCUUAAAGCCACGAAAGUUACGGAGACCUUCGGUACUAACGGCUGCGCUGAGAACAACGGCGGCUGCAGUCACCUGUGUUUCCACCGGCCGCAGGGUCUCAGCUGCGCCUGUCCCAUGGGUCUCGAGCUGCUGAGCGAUCUGCGCACAUGCGUGGUUCCAGAGGCCUUCCUGCUCUUCACCAACCGCGCAGACAUCCGAAGCAUCUCGCUGGGCACUAACAGCAACGAUGUGCCCAUCCCUCUUACCGGGGUCAAAGAGGCAUCCGCGCUGGACUUUGACGUUGUGGAGAACAGGAUUUACUGGACCGAUAUUAGCACCAAGACUAUCAGCAGAGCCUUCAUGAAUGGCAGUUCUGUCGAACCUGUGAUCGAGUUUGGCCUGGACUAUCCUGAGGGCAUGGCUGUAGAUUGGAUGGGGCGAAACAUCUACUGGGCUGACACGGGGACCAAUCGGAUUGAGGUGGCUCGCUUAGACGGCCAGUACCGACAAGUGCUGGUCUGCAAGGACCUGGACAACCCACGUUCUCUUGCUCUGGAUCCAGCCAAUGGGUACAUGUACUGGACUGAAUGGGGAGGUCGACCCAGGAUCGCCCGUGCUCACAUGGAUGGCAGUAACAUUGUGACAUUGGUGGAUAAAGUGGGCAGAGCCAACGGCCUCACCAUCGACUACAUCGACCAGCGGCUCUACUGGACGGACCUGGAUACUUGCAUGAUUGAGUCUACAAACAUGCAAGGUUUGCAAAGGGAAAUCGUGGCGGACGAUCUUCCUCAUCCUUUCGGUUUGACCCAGUACCGUGACUACAUCUACUGGACGGACUGGAAGCUACGCAGCAUCGAGCGAGCAGACAAGCGCAGUGGGUUGAACCGCACGGUGGUACAGAGCCACCUGGAGUAUGUCAUGGACAUCCUGGUGUUUCACUCCUCUAGACAAGAUGGCGCCAACGAGUGUUCCCAAAACAACGGGAACUGCGCACACCUCUGCCUUGCGUCGCCCUCGGGAGCCCAGUGUCGUUGUGCUUCACACUACACACUUGAGGCGAAUGGACGCAACUGCAGCUCGCCCUCUAGCUUUCUGCUCUUCAGCCAAAAGAGCUCCAUCAGUCGAAUGGUCCUGGGAGAACAAAGUCCGGACAUGAUUCUGCCCAUCCACGUCAUGAAGAACCUGCGUGCCAUCAGCUUCGACCCCCUGGAACGAUUGGUCUAUUGGGUGGAUGGACGCCAAAACAUCCGGAAGUCAAGAGACGACGGCUCUCAGGCGUCUACUGUAAUGACCCCAAAUAGCCUCCACCCGAAACAACCUCACGACCUGAGUCUGGACCCCUACAGCCGCACUGUCUACUGGACAUGCGAGGCCACCAACACCAUCAACAUCCAUCGCAUGGACGGACAUGUCGUCGGUGAGGUCCUGAAGGACGACGUGGACAAACCACGAGCUAUUGUGGUGAAUGCUGAGAAAGGGUACAUGUAUUUUACCACAUUACAAGAUCGCUCGGCUAAAAUCGAAGGCGCGUCUUUGGAUGGGACGGAGCGUGAGUCUCUUUUCAUGACUGGACUGAUCCGGCCCGUAGCCCUGGCUCUGGACAACAAGCUGGGAAAACUGUUUUGGGCGGAUGCUGACUUGAAGCGCAUUGAAAGCAGUGACCUGUCUGGAGCCAAUCGGAUUGUUCUCCAGGACUCCAAUAUCCUGCAGCCCGUGGGUGUGACGGUCUUGGGCGAUCACCUUUACUGGAUCGACAAACAACAGCAGAUGAUUGAACGCGUCGACAAGCUGACCGGCGAGAAGCGAACACGAAUUCAGGGCCGGAUCCAGUACCUGACCGGCAUUCAUGCAGUCGAGUACAUGGAACCAGAGGAGUUUGCAUCCCACCCCUGUGCCCGUGACAAUGGAGGAUGCUCUCAUGUCUGCAUUGCUAAGGGAGAUGGGACGCCACGCUGCUCGUGUCCCAUGCAUCUGGUCCUCCUGCAAAAUCUACUUAGCUGUGGAGAGCCUCCCACAUGCUCCAGUGAGCAGUUUACCUGUGCCACCGGUGAGAUCGACUGCAUCCCCAUGGCGUGGCGCUGCGAUGGCAUUGCCGAAUGCGCGGACCACAGCGACGAAAUGAACUGCCCUAUGUGCUCCGAGCUCCAGUUCCAGUGUGACAAAGGCCAGUGUGUGGAUGCUCAACUGCGGUGCAACGGCGAACCAGACUGUGCCGACGGUUCGGAUGAGCAGGAUUGCGACACCAUUUGUAUGCCCAAUCAGUUCCGCUGUGGCAACAACCAGUGUAUUCUAAAGAAACAACAAUGUGACUCUUACCCAGACUGCGCAGACAACUCUGAUGAGCUUUUCUGUGAUUUCACGUCCACCCCCAACGAUCCACCUCGCCACACCAGUACCAUCGGGCCAGUCAUCGGCAUCAUCCUCUCUGUGUUCGUGAUGGGAGGCAUGUGUUUUGUGUGUCAGAGGGUCGUGUGUCGCCAUUACAAGGGUCCCAACGGUGGCUUUCCCCACGAGUACAUCAGCGGGACCCCUCACGUACCCCUCAACUUCAUAGCGCCCACAAACUCACAACACGGCACUUUUACAGGUAUCUCCUGUGGGAAGUCCAUAAUGAGUUCGGUGAGUCUUAUGGGCAGUAGCGGUAGCGGGGCGCCACUUUACGACAGGAACCAUGUGACGGGAGCUUCGUCCAGUAGCUCAUCCAGCACCAAAGGAGCAUUUUACCCGCAGAUUCUCAACCCUCCUCCGUCGCCAGCGACAGAUCGCUCGCUUUACAAUGCAGAAGUAUUUUAUUCCUCCAACAGCCCUUCCACAACCAGGUCUUACAGGCCCUAUGUGAUGCGAGGGGUCGCGCCCCCCACCACCCCCUGCAGCACAGACGUGUGCGACAGCGACUACACCACCAGCCGGUGGAAAAGCAAUAAGUACUACAUGGACCUUAAUUCAGACUCUGACCCAUACCCCCCACCCCCAACGCCACGGAGCCAAUACAUGUCAGCCGAGGAGAGCUGCCCUCCCUCGCCCUCCACCGAGCGCAGCUACUUUCACCUGUGUCCCCCGCCUCCCUCGCCCUGCACAGACUCAUCAUGACACCCGGCAAGCAGCCACGCCUUGUAAAUAAUUUUAAAUAGUCGAAACAAAGAUUUUAUUUUAUUCCUUUUUUACACGCUCAUUUGAGAAACGUUUCAGCUCUGCGGGGAACACAAGGAUAUUCGCAGACGGAAAGUGGUGUGAACAUUUUCGCCACCACUUGGACUAAUUUAGCCGGCGGUUCGUAUGCCCCCCCAAUGAGAGCUCUUCGAUUUGCGAGUCAUCAUCUUCAGAUUAGUUCAAGUUGCUUUUUUUUAUUAAAAAUGAGUUAAAUGCUUUUAGGUAGUAUAAAAACCAAAUCAUCAAGAAAACGCCAAAAUAAGAUGCUGCAAUGGAGUUGUACAUAUGUGUAAUUAGGUAAAUAAUAAUUUUCUGUAAUGUCCGUUUGAUUUAUGUGAAAAUGAUACGAUUCCAAGCGUAUGUUUGGUUUGUCCUGUUUACCAAAAGUGUGUCUGCUGCUAUUGUACAUAUAUCUUUAACUGUAAAUAAUGAAUGAAAACAGCCAGCUAAUGAAACUGACCAUAGACCAUUAUGUAAUUGUUAUAAAUGCCAUGCUAUUAAUCUCUCAUAGCAAAGAUCUUCAGUUGUGUAUAGUCGUAUAUGAAUAUACAUGUGAAAUUAUUUUGAAGGAGUGCAUGUACGUUAUGCGAGCCAGCCAAUGUUGUGUGUGGUUUAAACUUCUGUCUUAAAGAGGCAGCAACUACCUGGAUUUCAUCAGAUCUCAGACUGAACUCAGUGUUGGUGUCUAUUUAAGAAAACUAAUAAUAAUAAUAAUAGUUACAGUAAGCUAUGAUUAAGGGGUUAUGUGGUUAAUUGUACCAUAGUACUAUGGUAACAAACUCUGCUUUGUAAUUCAUCACACAUGAAACUUAGAAAAAUUGUAUAUUGUGUUCAUCUGUUUUUUCCUGUUACAUGAACGGUAGAUACAAACAUGUCAUGGAGUACAUUUUGAAACAAAAUGAUCUUGAAUUGUACUUCUUAAUUCUCAUGCAAAAUCUAGCACUUAUUAAAAUGAUGCUCGCAUUAAGACCAGCUAAAUAAAAAAAGCCAUACAUGAAUUCACGUAACAAUGUCUUUUAAAGCAGUUAGUUAUUAGCUAAUCCCGUAAGUGAAAUCAUUCUUAAAAUGUAACAAAGAUGAGUGUAACAGGUAAUGCAACUCAGCAUUAAGCUAUAUAACAUGUCAUUCGAUUUGAAUGUGACUGAAUUGCGUGCAUUUGGAUUUUAUACCACUUUGGUUUUGACCUGUAUAAAUCAAACCAUCCACUCACACUGGAGGCUCUUUGCUCUUCAGUGCAACAUCAAAGUCUGUGUUUUAUGUACAAAUGCCGUACAAAUGCAAACUUGUGACAAUUUUUGUAUCAAAAGCAUUUUUAUAUAAUAAAGGUUCUAUUUUAAGAAAUA